CCUGGACAUUGACGCCCGCCGCGCCCGCGCCCACAAGGACGGAGUCAAAAAGCAGCCCAGGCAAGCAGACACGCCCAAGUACACGACGCUCUGCACACGACGACGCUCUGCACACGUACGCACGCACGCACGCGCGAGCACGCGCACACACACACACACACACACACACACACCACACCACACUCCACCACCACCACCACCAAGCACGUAGGCACUUGCAAACGCAUCCAUGCAUGCAUGUGUCGUCCGGGCCAUCUCCCAGCAUUACCAUCGCUUCCUCGUUCGACACCGGGCCGGGGUUCAACGUGGCGACGCCAUCUCGCCGACGCUCCUUCCGGGACCAUUCCCAAGAAACAACCAGGUUGUCGGACUGGACUGAACGAAGCAGGCGGCCUGCUCCACCAAGUUCGCGGUCCCCCCAUCCUCUUCCACCCCCCGGACCUUGUCGCGGCCACCACCCGUCAAGACAAGAACUCUCAACCCGCCAUAUAUCCCCCCGGCCGCGCCCGCCAACCACCUCUGCUCAGCUUUUCGUGAGGCUCUCCGCCCUUGAGAGUCCCUUGCCGACGACACACGCGCCCCUGCGCCGACCACUUCGCUGGGGCAGCCGUCAGCAUUAACUGCUACCGGUUAACAGCACUUAGUUCAGCACCAGAACAGCUGGCCAGCUCUCCGCCUGGAUGCCCAAGACAAGUUUGCAGGCCCCUUUCGACUGCCUCGGACGCUGCCUGCUCGUGUCUGGGCCUACGAUGCUCACUUGGGUCCCGCCUACGCUUGCUUCCUUGUCCGUAACACACCCUCGUUCUCAUCCCUUUCCGCACUUCCGCACCGAUCGCCCGAACCAGCUGUAGGGAGAGGUUCAUCGGCCCCGGCAAGGCCAGCAUCCACCCCUGGUCUGAUUCAAACAUCCGUUGCCGCUGUCUCAACCAGCAUAGUGGGAUAGUUUACCAACAGCCUGCCUGGCCCCGCCAAGCGACCGGGGCAUCUCUUCGAUCCGGGUCUCAGCAACGACAACAGCAAGGUGAACACCAUAUUUCUUCCCCAACGAGCGCCCCGUGGCGUCCGGUUUAAUAUGCCUCAGUGAAGAUGGCCUUCCAAACAAGCGUUUUGAGAGACGGCGAGUGGGUCACCGAAACCGUCAACUUCCAUGCCGCCUUGCAACAGGCCUCUGCCGCUGCGUCUGGCUCCGGACCGACCCCCGAGGCCCAACCGCAGGCCCCCAUAUGUGGUAUUCUUUCUAAGACGGUGGUCGAGAGUCCCAUAGUUCAUUGGGUUCUGCCCGUUCGCUUGAGGUCGAAGGCGUACAACGACAUCGCUUUCAUAGGGGAUCGUUUCGUACAAAUCAAUGAGCUCCGCAGCGAUGGACAACUGCACCAAGUCGCCCGGAAAAGCGAUUUUGGCGCAAGGAUCCGCAGCGCUGCUGUACUCGGUGACCCUUUGGGAUAUGGUCUCGACGACGAGGCCUCCGAUGCCCUAGUCAAGGCAGAGGACUCCGACACCGCCAUGCCAGAUGCUUCAGAACCACCAACCGCACGUGAUGACGUACUUCCCCCGAAGCUUCUGGUAUUAGCGCUUGACACAGGAGACAUUGUCUUUCUUUUCCUCAAGAAGACCCCCGACUCUACUCUCGAGUUCGUGGUGUCAAAGUAUAAGACGCCAAGAAAAAUAUCCUUCUUAGGCUUUCAUCUUGCCGUGGACCCAUCGUCUCGUUACAUGGCUGCGUCGUCACCAGAUGGCAUCCUCGUCAUGUAUGAGGUCUAUAACAUGUCGACCCUCAACGCCCAGUAUAGGUCGACCGGGGCAUUUACCCCAGUCAAAUCUGUCCGACUUCGGGCGAUACACGGGGUCAUACACAAGCUGGAGUUUCUGUACCCCCGACCCGCGGAUGAUUACCAUGUCAUUCUGAUUCUAAUAGUAAUACGGGAGGAGAGGAAGCACGCUGAGCCUGUGACCCGUAUGAUCACCUACGAGUGGGAGGUUGGCGACAGCCUUAAGGAGGUUUUCGCUGAGGAGAAGAUGGGAAACAGACUGCCAAAAGAACACAAGAUGCCGUUGCUCUUGAUACCGCUUAGGUUCAACAAUGCGUUCUUCACCGUCUCCUCGAAGUUUGUCGGCAUUGUCAAGGAUUGCCUCUCUGGAUCCCCGGUGUUCGAGUCGUUGCACACUGACCCUCCAAGCCGGACGGACUUGCAUCAGGGUUCCGCUGCACCAUUGUGGACGGCAUGGUCACGGCCAUUUCGGCGAAGGGGCUACUUUGAGCGGACAGAUAUCAUCUAUCUUGCAAGGGAAGACGGCGCCAUCAUACACAUUGAAAUUGAGGCGAACGACCUCGUACCUUCGGUGACCAACGUGGGGUGCUUGAACUCUAACAUCAACACGGCCUUUGCGACGGCCUACGAUGUGUUCUCGGAUAUCCUGAUCAUUGGGGGAGACUCUGGGCCCGGAGGCGUGUGGAAGCUGGCGCCCCGAUCUGAGCUUGAGCAAGUUAGCACGUUGCCAAAUUGGUCACCCAUUGUAGACAUAGCUGCAAACACUCCUCGUCCGGCACUUGACAGCACUACGAAUGCAUCUGAGGAGGGACGACAGUCGAACUCUCAAAAGCCGAUGCCGAGGCCAGAGACCCUCUUCACAGCGUCAGGUCGCGGGCUGAAGGGAAGCAUAACGCAAUGGAGAUGGGGGGUUCAGGGAAGGAUUGGCCUUGAUAUUGAAACGGGCGAACCCAUCAGACAGUCCUGGGCAUUCGCGCUAAAGAGUCAGGGCCGACGCGGCUUGUCCGCUCUACUCUCCCUACCCCAUUCAUCUGCGGUACUUUCCUUCUCUGAGGACUUCAAUCAGGUCACGCCCUUUACUGCUGACGAUACCCCAUUUGAUGUCACUUGCCGCACGCUGGCUGCCUGGGAAUCUCCGACAGGGACUAUCGUCCAAGUCACGGAAGGCUUCAUAACGCUGAUAAACGGGCAGGAGAGAUCACAACUCUCGUUUGGCUUCACGCUCGGACAGGAGGGGUUCGCGGCUGACAAUGCAUCCAUUACUGACGACACGGUGGUUGUUUCUUCGCACGGGCGUGAGGGGUCUCAGCUACAUACGUUUUCAAUGACAGGAGCAAGCAUUACUCGAAGCCACUCGUGGACCGUCGAAGGAGAAGUCACAUGCGUGUCGCUCGUCAAAGCCUCGAACAACGUGUUCGUGAUUGCAGGGUCCUUUCUCGGCGGGGCAUCUCGGAUAUCUGUGUACUCCUCGGAUGGGACACUUGCCGCGUCCGAAGAACUUAAGCGAAGCUCAGGCGAUGGUCCUCACUUUGAGCCUCUGACGAGCAUUUGCGUCGCGAAUCAGGACCCAGGUGGCGUCCACAUAGUCGCAGGGACGAGAUGCGGACACCUUCUGCGCGCCUCGAUUUCUUCUUCGGGACCCGAGCGCGUCGUAUGGGCGGCUGAGACAAUUGGUGUGGCGCCGGUUGAAGUGUUCCCUUGUUCCGGCCCGUUUGACGGCACCGCUGCGGCGCUGAUGUGCUGCGAUAACAAUCUGGCCAUUUUGAUGGGGUUUUCAGCAAGAACCGGAACGUUUCGCAAAAAGCAUUUUAUCUGGCUGACCGAUGCCAAUGAUUCGUCUAUGUUGCCGCCAGCCGUGCAUUCCGUCGCUAGCCUUUCAUGGAACCUCUCGGGCUAUCCAGGGCACAUGUCUCUCAUGAUUCAAGCGGGCUCCAGGUUGCUACUGGCGGAAAUUUGGCCUAACAUCGGACCAGUGCCCAGAAGCAUACUUGUUGGAGGUACCCCGACCAGGAUCAUAUACUCACACACGUGGAACUGCUUGGUAGUGGCGCUGCUGCAAGGAGACCGGCCUACCCUCGCUUUUGUCGAUCCAGACUCGGGUGAGACCCUGUCGGUGCCGUCAGAUAAGGACCACAAUCCGUCGGACUUUAUUUCGGGGCUUGGCUAUCCAGGUGACAGAGUUUAUGGCCUGUACGAGUGGCUAUAUGUUAAGGACGGCAGGACAUUUGCCUUUAUCCUUGUUGCAACAAAAGAGGGGAGACUCCUCAUUGUCUCUGUCAACAGAAUAAAAGCUCGGGUGGGCGACAGCCAAGUCAAGCGGCUGCACUACUGGACGCGGUACAAGAAGCUUCUCGGGGAGCCGAUCUACUCGAUCACCGGUGAUGAUCUUGGGAUCAUCUAUUGCGUCGACAAGGUUGUGCAUUGGGAGGUGCUUGACUUGGCGGAGAAGAAGCUGAGGCCAAUGGGUGCUUACCGGUUGGACUCACCUGCGACGUCUCUUCAAGUGGCUCAGGGCCACAUUUUUGCCUUGACCACUCUCCAUUCACUCGAGGUCAUCGACUACAGGGUGAGCGGCACGGGAGACAUGACGCUGAUCCAUUCUGAUCGGAUCACUCGGAGGACAACGCACAUGAUAGAGGCCGGUCCUUCAGCUGGUAGACCUGGCAGCUGGACGGUGACUUUACUCUCUGACCAAAGAGGCGGGAUUGCCGGGAUUUGGGUCCCCUGGCACCAACGCCACAAGGAGUUCGAAGUGGUCUUUGAAGGGCUGCUUCCGACGGCAGUGAGGCGAUUUGUGGCUUUGCGAGGCAGACCCCUGUGGUUGGCAAAUGGGCGCGAGGCUCUUUACGGCACGGUACCCAGCAGCAGCCGCGGAGCCGACAUGGUUGGGGUUUCGCUGGACGGUUCUCUGCAGCACUUUACCAUGGUCGGAUUCGACCUGUGGCGCUUCCUUUUCUUGAUUCAGAACAUGGCACGGCGCAGCCCUCGGGUCUGUUCAGUGGCUACGACACCGGCGCCGAGCGACUCGGGCCAGGACGGCGUGCAUGAGGCGAUGGAGGCCACCUCGGGCUGGCAGGAUGAGCAGGACGCGAGCCUGCAUCCAGGGCUCAUGCACAUAGAUGGGGAUAUCCUUGAGCGCUGCCUCCAGGGGAAGGCCCUAGAAGGACUCGUGCGAGAUGAAGGCAGAUUUCGCCUGUUCUGUCAGUACCUGGACCGGUUGGAGGCCGGGCGCCACACAGAAAGCUUUCAGGGCGAGUCAAUGGGAGAGGAGGAAACGCGAAGCAAAUACUUGGAGCUGGCGUACGACAUUCUGGCGUAUUUGUUAGACGCGGUCAUAUAGUUGGCCCGGCUGGUAUUGGGGCUUCGAGGGCAAGGGAAAAGAAAAGCAUAGAGGGCGGUGGCAGCGAAUGCAUGGGGUAGAUGGAGGCCGUGCCGGCAGGCCCAGGUUGCCUGGCGUGCGGUCAUGAAUGACGGAGACGACUUGACGCUGGCGCGUGGUAAUGGCUGGCGGUGCACCAAGUACAAUACAAUUAAACUUAAAUACCUAUAUAGAAGAAGGCUGACCUGUCUGCUGCCU